AUGACGAAAACGCCAAUACUGGCGAUCCUUUGCUUGUGGAUGGCCUUGCUAUGCGGUAGUUUUAUAGGAGGAGAUGAACCAAAACGACGGACGAUCAACCAGAUCAAGGGGGACAAAUGGAAGAAAAAGAAAAUGAUGAAACGAAAAAAGACCAACCUCGAUCCAAAAACGAAAUAUCGACAUCAUUCACCUACACCCUGGAAGCACCUUUCGCCAACAAAUAAUAAUCACAACAACAACAACAACAAUCAUCAUCAUCAGGAUGAGGAGAUUCCGUUGAAACGACACCAUUAUGAUGGACUGCUACAAAGUCCGCGAAAGCUGCGAAAGAAGGACGUGAAGGGUAUUGAAGAUGCUGCCGAUUUCAAAGGUCAAGGAGUCGGAAGGGGGGCGGCUCAUGUGGCAAAAGGAGAAGCGGCUGAAGAGGCAGAUGGCUUUGAAGGCUAUGAAAUAUUAGCAGGGCGUGGUGCACAGAUCCCCAUGGUAGAAUGGACGUGGGGACGAGUCUGGAUGGAUGAUAGUUUGAAUCAAAACUUUCAAGACAUGGCCCGACCACUGCAGGUACAACAGGAAGAACAAGAACGACAACGAAGCUUUGACGACUUUGAUGAUAGUAAUGCGGAUCAAGACGAGGAGGAUCUUGAGUCGUCACCAGAAGGAGAAAGUAAUACUGACUUCAGAAUGAGAAUCAGUAACUUUGUCGCAAUGGGAGGCGUCAUGGCUGGAGCAAUGAGAGACAUGCCAGUAUACGGGAGCGCAGCGGCAUCACCGGGAUCAAGUGGAUUAGGUGGUAGUGGUAAUACUGGUGGUGGAGGCGGCAGCAGUGCCGGCCUUGGAGGUUCUGGAGGAUUUGCUGCUGGUACCAUUGGGGGGUCUGGAGGCUUUAAAGAUAUGGAUAUGGGGGGAUACGGCAGUGGUAGCAGCGCUGGAGGUGCGUCUGGAAGUGGGAACACGGGUGGAGGUGGAAGCAGUAGUCACUAUGAAUUGGAAACAGAAGAAACCGCCUGGGACCAGCAGAUUGUCGCGGAGACUCCCAGACCCACCAACCAGCGCGGCACUCCAAACCCAACAAGAAAGCCUGGUACCCCUCAGCCAGCAAAUCCCGUCACGCCUAAACCUUCUCCAAUGCCGACGCCCUACUCUACUGAAGACCGUGGCAAAUGCCAGUUGUGUGAAAAUGGCAAUGCAGGAAAACACAUGAGCCGUAAUCUGAUUGGUACAACCGUAACCUGCCAAGACAUUGCCAAUGCAUUGGCCAUGGCAGACCUCUCUGCCUGCCCAAUGGAAAAAGAAAAGCUACCCGUCAACAUUGAAGCAUAUUGUGGGUGUCCAGGGAAAUCGUAUUCAGGCAAUUGCGUCUUUUGUCCCAGUGGCAAAGACAACAUUUGGCAUAACAUUUCUAUUCCUGCUCUCAACCAUUGGACUUGUCAAGAGGUCGAAGACUACUGUGGCUACAUCACCAACAUGGAUGCUUGCAACGAAAUGUCUGCCAUUGCCGACCUUUGUUGUGGUACGUGGGAGGAAUAUUGGGCCUACGGGGAUGACGAUACUGUUUGA